GGCAACCAGAGGAACGACGACAAAAUCACUCUCCUGCACAGCAAGCAGUGAUUCGACAAAAAAUUAAGCAAGAGGAUGUUUGCAAAAUCGGUGAGUAUGACUUUUUCAUUGUAGCAUUUCACUCAUUAAUAGUUUUGCCUGAUUUAUUUGAUUUAAGUGAUGGAAUUAGCUGAUGUGAGUUGGAGUGACAUGCAAAUGAGCUUGUAGUGCAAUGUGUACAACAGCUGUUUUACCACUGAAUCAAUCUUUAUUUAUGUAGUGUCAAUUCACAACAAGUGUUAUCCCAAGAUACUUGACAAAAGAGCACAAACUGUAUAAUUUCAGAUGAUACAAGCCAGUACAUCCUGUGUUUCUUAGAGGGAAAUGGUAAUUUCCAAUAUUACACUGAUCUUUGUUGUGUAGACAGUUUAAAUAUAGUGGUCAUCUCCUUGCAGUAUUGAUUUUCCCAAAUGUUUUGGUAUCACUUUCCUGCUGCCUUUCUAAAGGGUUUGUAAGUGUUAACUAAUUGCCUAAGUCAGGCUUAGUGAAUCCUUUACAAAUGCUCGUUAAAACGGUAAUAAGCUGUUUGCCAGGGCAGCUGCUCCCUCUGGUUUACGCUGAACGUGUUAUGUUUUGUUUUAAAGAAGCUCACAAACAACCCUCAAAUGUACUGCAGAAAAACCCUAAAGGACGCAAGAUCUGAAACUUUGGUGCCUAUUUAUGAGGAGGUAAUAUCUCCUUUAAACCCCCUGUUUUGAAGCCUGUUUUCCCCUGGCUUCAAUAAAAGAGCUUGUCAGCAGAUGAGUGUGGACUUCAAUAAAUUAAAUUUUUGUAUUUGUGAAAACCUUGUUAAUGUUAUUAUCUCUACACACAAUAGACGAUGCAAUUAUUUUGAUAUUACAAUAUUUACAAAUGAUCUUUCAUAUCAUAUUUCAUACAUCUAAUUAUUCUGCAAAGGACAAUAGUGAACUGAAAACCAAUAGGAUAGUGGUGAGUGUGUGUCAUAUUGUAAUCUUCACUGUUGCUUAUUAUAUCAAAUCUACCCUGCCUCUACCCUGUCCCUGCUGCUUAUAAACAUAGAGGGCCUCGGGUCAUUUUUGCAUUAAUUUUUAAGGGCAUGCUGACACACCAAACUAAUGCCAAGCUGGUAGGCAGCCAUCAGGUGUUUGCACAUAAGUAACAGCAAUUAUAUCUCUGACUCUCUCAAACAAAGAUACUUUAUCUUUUGGCACAUCAGCACUGCAUUAUCAAAAGUAGCCUAUCGUAAUGAUUUUAUUACGACUUUAUUCUCAUGAGUAAUUACUUUACUAUGACUUUAUUCUCAUAAGAAAUGAUUUCAGUACGAAUUUAUUCUCUUAAGUAUUAACUUUAUUACGACUUUAUUCUUGUUAGUAAUGACUUUAUUCUUGUAAAUUAACAACUUUUAUCUCAAAGUCCUAUUUUUUUUUCUUAAUGUGGCUUUAAUACUCCAUUGUUAUUUACAGAUUAUUUCAUUUAUUUAAAAAUAUUUACACAAUAAAAGAUUAAAAAAUCACCCACAUUCUGACAGUCAUCUGAACCUGCAAGACAAGCAUAUUGGUGGCAGCCUCUUCUAUACAGACCAAUAAUCCUUAGAGUGUCAGGAUAAAGUAUUCAACACACAACCAGGCGAAUAGCAAGAAAGCCAUGUAAUAACACCACCAUUGUUUUAAACAGGAUGUUUUUUUAGCAACAGGUUUAUUUCUUUGUUUGUAAUAAAACCAUCAAGUUCUCACAUGUCAAAAUUAACCGGCUACAAAUUCAUAAUCAAUGCUGCAGUUAUCUUCUCCAAAAGGUGAGCUGUCCAAGUAUUUCUUGGAGGGGUUUUCCUAAUUAACUAAAGAGCAAUUAAAAAGAUGAAGCAAGCCAAAGGGAUUUUUCAUUGCCAGAUAGUUAACAUUAAAGGUUGUCCUUAAUAUUGACUUAUAUUACCAGUCUAUAAAGCAGAGCUAAAGGAUUUACUCACUGGACUACAGGUCUAAUUUAGGGUCAGGGUAAGGACAAGGGUUAAAGCAAACUGUUAACAGCUAAAUCUUCCCAAGAGUGCUGCACUCAUUUAAUUGGAUUUUUUAACUCAUUUGCUGUUUGUUUGUUUAUUAAGAUCCCCGUUAGACUCAGUCUUCUCACCAGAGACACUACAAUUUACAUUGUGGCAAUAUAGAAUACAGAUUGUUUGGGCAAUUGUAAGAACUUUUAACAACUUCUGUGAAUUAAAUAAAACUGCAGCUUAUAAUAGAAGUUGAAGUAAAGCCUGUUGAGUACAUUUUUAAAUUCUGAUAAAUAGGAAAAGCUCUAGCAGUGUGCAAUAGUGUGUUCAGGUAGAGUUCUUCAAGCUCGACACAGGGUCCACAUUAAAAUUCAGUGAUUAAAUUAAUGAUUUCUCUUUUGUUCAGGGGGCUCCCCAUCGAGACAAAGUGUUGACCUCCCAGGUUAAAAAUACCAUGCUGCAUUUGAAUGGCCAGAACCUCAGACUGGAAGCUAAAAGUGGCCGCAAUUCAAAAACACCUGGCCUCCAUCUGUCAGCGGCACAUGGAAAGGAAGCAGUGGGUCAGUUUACGGGCUACCCGCUGACCCAGGAGGGCACGACACAGUUGGACUUGUUGCAGCUCAGAUCACCCAGAUUUGAGUUAGAGAGGGAGGCAGAGAAUCAACCACUGAGGCGCCCUCUGAAGCUAGCCCCUCUGCAGCUGACAGAAGAAGUGAAGCGUGCUCAGAAGCAGAAACUUAAGUUCAUCCAGCAGGAGGCCAAACCUGAUUGCUUUAAGCUGGAUAAGGCAGUGAAUGAACUCUGUACGAGGAAGGUGAAGUCCUGUGUGAGGCAGAGGCUGGUGAAGACUGUCGAAUCUGUGCCACUCAAAACCCAACAACAAAACCGAUCCGUGAAGCCCCAGCUGACUCGUGCCAGUCCCAUAGAGCAGAAUGGAAACAGACAUCUGGAGGAUGUGGUGUGUCAUGGUACCCCUGCUCCUCUGUGCAACAAGCCUGCCCCUCCUUCCCUGUCAUCCAGAGUGAGAGCGCAGGCUGCACGUGGCGAAGAGGCGGUAAGACAAAACCCAAAUAUACUCCAGCAAGACAUCGGUAUGAGGCGGUCGAGGCUAAGGAGGGCAAAAUGUCUUGAAGAGGAUCAGUGCAAUCCAAACAUAUCAACACUAGGAUUAUGUGCAGAUAAAAUCAAGCUGACCCAAGGUGCUCAAGGCCAAGGGCAGCAGGUGGAGAAAGCUCUGAAAGGUCAGCUGCGUCUUGGAAAGAUUGCCCGGGAGCCCCUCGCAGAGUGUGGGAGUAUCCGGAAAAACCAUCAAGAGGAUUUCAGUCAGGAAUCUGUGAGGUGCACUUUGAACCAGCAGUCAGCUGAUGGUGGAAUCAACGAACAUGUAUUGGAUGGUGUCAAGCCAAGUGCAGCUAAUUGUAGAUUCAAGAGGAAAAAACCUUUGAUCACAAAACAAAAUAAUGCAGUCCCACUGGAGCGUCUCCAGCUGUAAUGACAUUGAUCUUUACUCAGGCCAGAACUCUCGUAAAUGGUUUGUUAUACAGAAGAUGUCCCUAAGAUCUUUCAAAAGUGAAUCGACUUAGUUUGUAUGUUACUGAACAGAUGUAUAAAAGAAAUUCUGACCUUUUUUUAGUUUUGGUAAACAGUACACGUGGGUGAGGCUAGUCCUCUAGACACAUAGACCAGCUCUAUUUGGCAAGUUGUUGUCGACGUUAUUAGGUGUGGUCAGUUUCUGUUUAGGACUGAGUGUUCUUAAAUAAUUAAUCACUGAUGGUCGAGAGCAGACUAGCUAAUCUGUACCCUCCAUGGACAGAUGAUUCAAUAGGACUAGUAUAUGUGCUUAAAAAAAAGUUAAAAUAAUGGAGGGUUUAGUUUAGUUUUAGUACCAAAGAAUACAAGAAGACAUAUCUAACUGUCUACACACACC